GCCUGAUACAAUUCCUGGUCAUCUCCGCCUUUUUCCCGUGGAAGCAGCCCUUUCAGGCCGGAAGGUAUAGGCUUGCAGACGUCUUGGUAGGAAAGACGCGUCUUUUCUCGCAAUUUUUGCUAGUACUGCCGGAAAAUUGGAUAUUGGUCGUGGUCGUUGAUCGAGUCUUAGCUUUCCGACAUGGCUCCAGCCAAGGCUGCUGGAGCUGCGGGAUCCGGUCCCGCCGCUCCCAAGUCCGCCACGGCGGAGUUGCUAGAAACUCUCGAGGAGAAAUUUCGGCUGACGACGAAGCAGCAGGAGCUCCUGAUCCGCGUCGCGACCCUCCUGUUAAUCUACAUCCUCGCAUUCGCGACUCGCCUCUUCUCCGUGCUCCGCUACGAGAGCGUGAUUCACGAGUUCGAUCCCUAUUUUAACUACCGCACUACGCUCUACCUCACCCGGAAGGGUUUCUAUGAAUUCUGGAACUGGUUUGACCACGAGACAUGGUACCCGCUGGGUCGCAUUAUCGGAUUCACUCUCUACCCUGGUCUCAUGGUGACGUCAGCGCUUAUCUACUGGGCUCUCCACGCGCUCUCAUUGGUGGUUCACAUCCGUGACGUGUGCGUGAUGACGGCUCCGUUCUUCGCAUCCAACACCGCCAUGGUGGCGUAUUUCUUCGGAAAGGAAGUCCGCGAUUCCGGAACCGGUCUGAUCGCUGCGAUCUUCCUCGCCAUCUGCCCGGGUUACAUUUCGCGAUCCGUCGCCGGAUCGUACGAUUACGAGUGCAUCGCCAUUUUCGCGCUCAUCCUCACUUUCUUCCUUUUCGUCCGCGCCGUUAACACCGGCUCUCUCGCCUGGGCUGCCGGCGCCGCGCUCACGUAUUUCUAUAUGGCGGCAUCCUGGGGAGGCUACAUCUUCAUCAUCAAUCUGAUUCCGAUCUACGUGGUGGUGCUGCUGCUGACGGGUCGCUACACCCCUCGGCUCUAUAUCGCGUACAACGCGUUUUACAUCAUCGGCAUGCUGCUGGCCAUGCAGAUCCGCUUCAUCGGCUUCCAGCACGUGCAGUCCAGCGAGCACAUGGCGGCCCUCGGCACAUUCUGCCUCAUCCAGGUGUUCUUCUUCGUGGACUGGGUGAAGCAUCAGCUGGCGGACCCGAAGCUCUUCCGCACCUUCCUCCGCGUCGUCGUCUUCUCCUUCGGUGGCGUCGGCUCCCUCGCCUUCGCUGUCGGCAUGGCCACAGGCUACAUCUCCCCGUGGACGGGGCGGUUCUACUCGCUUUUGGACCCGACGUACGCCAAGGACCACAUCCCCAUCAUCGCGUCCGUGUCGGAGCACCAGCCCACGGCGUGGUCCUCCUUCUUCUUCGACUUCCACAUCCUCCUUAUCCUCUUCCCCGCCGGGCUGUACUUCUGCUUCAAGCGGCUGAACGACGCGAGCAUGUUCCUGAUCAUCUACGGGCUCACGUCCAUGUACUUCGCGGGCGUCAUGGUGCGCCUCAUCCUCGUCGCCACGCCCGCGCUCUGCCUGCUCGGCGCCGUCGCCGUCAGCGCGUCGCUCACACGCCUCUGCGCUAUCGCCAGGGAGAAGGCGCCUGAGACUGGGGCCGGUGCUGUCACUGGAGCUGCGGCUUCCGGCUCUGGAAAGCUCUCUGGAAAAGCCAAGGAUAAGCUGAAGGGCGCUCAGGACAGCUCCCUGCCGUACCAGCGGGAGGGGGCGGUGGUGCUUAUAGCGGGGAUAUUCUUCUGCCUGAUCAACUUCGCGCGGCACUGCACGUGGGUGACGUCAGAGGCGUACUCGUCGCCGUCCAUCGUGCUGAUGGCCCGGCAGCACAAUGGCGACCGCGUCAUCUUUGACGACUUCCGCGAGGCAUACUUCUGGCUCAAACACAACACCAAGCCCGACGCCAAGGUCAUGUCGUGGUGGGACUAUGGCUACCAGAUCACAGCGAUGGCGAACCGCACGGUGAUCGUGGACAACAACACGUGGAACAACACGCACAUCGCCACGGUGGGGCGCGCCAUGGCGUCGUACGAGGAGCAGGCGUACGGCAUCAUGCAGCAGCUGGACGUCAACUACGUGCUCGUGGUCUUUGGAGGGGUCACCGGUUACUCAUCCGAUGAUAUCAACAAGUUCCUGUGGAUGGUUCGCAUCGGAGGGGGCGUGUUCCCCGACAUCAAGGAGCCGGAUUACCUCAACAACGGGGACUAUCGCACCGACGCCAAUGGCUCGCCCAAGAUGCUCAAUUGCCUCAUGUACAAGAUGUGCUACUACCGCUUUGGUGAGCUGCAAACGGAGUACGGCAAGCCCACAGGCUGGGACCGGGCGCGCGGGUACGAGAUUGGCAACAAGGACAUCGAGCUGGAGUACAUUGAGGAGGCGUUCACGUCGUCCAACUGGAUCGUGCGCAUCUACAAGGUCAAGGACCUCGACAACCGGUGGUAGUGCGGCAAGGCCCGGAUAACAUGUGGGAGCGCCAUGUAAACCACAGCGGUGGCGAGCAGUGGUAGUGAUUCUUGGGUCCUCCGAUUGGUUUGUGCGGUGGGCAGCAGUCACAAUCGUCGGUCCUCCAUUUGGUUUGUGCAGCAGUCACAAGGGCAAAGGCCUCGACAAUAGGUGGUAGAUAAGGGGUUUGGCUCGGUGGUGAUGGUGAUGGUCAACAACCAAACCAUCACCACUGCGUGGAGGAAAGUUACUUAUGACUGUUGCCAACUUUCUCAUUGUGGCGAUAAGGGGCGGCGGAAGGUCCACGGCUGUAGCAGUGGGUGGUAGAGGCGUGUGGGGCUGCUGCAGCUACAGCCAGGUCUAUGGGCUGCUGGAGGCCAUGUCGAGGCAUGCCGUAGGCUGUGCAAGCACACGAGGCAUGACAUGGCUGCACGCAUGCGAUGCGACCUAGUGCAAGGUGCUCGUGUUGCUUGAGCACUUUUUAUGAUCUAUUGUACCUGACCAUUAAGUCCCUGACCUUUAGUGAGACAUGAAGUUCAUGUGGAGUGGAGGUACCAAAACUGAGCAUUUCAGCAUUGACAU